AGUCACUCCACGAGCAUACACAGCAGUAGGCCUCCGAUCCCUUAUCGCUGCCACCGAGAUAACCAUUCAAAUCAUCGAAAACUUAUACCUGUUAUCUUCACGAUAACGCCGUGAUGGCAUUCGCUAGUGUUUAGUUAGUGUCAGCACCGUCAUGUUCAAGAAGCACCGCCCGAAGUUGACACCUCCGCACCUCAAUGGGGAUGCUGUCCAAGAAAGUAAUAACUUUGCGCCUAAUAGCAGGGCGCCAGUGUCUCCUGUAUCGCCGAUUUCCAAGAACACUUUGCAGUUCUACUGCCAGUUGGCCCAUGGAAGUCCUACAGCGUUUGUUUCCGGGUUUGCCAAUGUCAAGGAGUUGUACGAGAAGAUUGGCGAGUGUUUCGACAUUCCAUCAUCAGAGAUAUUAUUUUGUACAUUAAACACAUACAAACCAGACAUGAAAAAGUUACUGGGAGGCCAAAUAGGAUUAGAAGAUUUUAUAUUCGCACACAGAAAGGGUAGGCCAAAGGAAGUAGAAUUAGAAAAAUCAGAAGAAGCGUUAGGCCUCACAAUCACAGACAAUGGUGCUGGAUAUGCCUUCAUUAAACGUAUAAAAGAAGGUUCAGUCAUCUCUAACAUACCUCAUAUUCAGGUUGGAGACCACAUAGAAAAAUUAAAUGGCGAAAAUAUGGUGGGGAAGCGUCAUUUUGAAGUAGCCAAAGCGCUCAAAGACAUACCAAAAGGAACAACCUUUACGAUUCGCUUGGUGGAGCCGAUGAAAAGCGGGUUCACGAGUAUAGCUCCCAAAAAUGCGAAGACUGGAAAGAUGGCAUAUGGAAGUGGCAAGGAAACACUGAGGUUCAAGGCAGGCGGAACAGCUGAAAUUGCCGAUCAGGAUGAUGCCCUGGAUGUCGGCAUAGAGAAAAUCAACAAUAUUUUAGAGUCCUUCAUGGGAAUCAAUGACUCAGAAUUGGCUACGCAAAUUUGGGAUAUGUCAGUGGGGAAACGAAAUUCCAUGGAUUUUGCAGAAGCCAUUGAUGAUUCUGAUCUUGCGGCGUUCGAAUUCACCGAUGAAUUGAUUAUAGAAAUUUGGGGAGCCAUUACAGACGCUCGAGAUGGAAGGCUGAAGUGAAAAAGAGGGGGAAGGAUGACUUUUGUUGCAAUAUUUUCACGAGAUAACUAUUUUGUAGAUUCUAUUUAUUAUUUAAUUGUGAAGUGCCUUAAUUUGUAUAAGAAAUGUAUAAUAAAACAACCAUUGUUGUAAAAACUGAUAUCUGUGAUCACACACACACGUCAUAAUUUGAAGGU